GUUGAUUGAGGAAUAUAGAAACAAGAAAAACAGAUCAAGUGACGGAGGAGGCUCCUCGACCAUGUCGCUGUUCAGUAACUCAGGAUCAGGAAGUUUUGGAACCACCGGCAGGAGCAGCACAAACCCAUUUGGUGCCGGCGGUGGGAAUACUUCAGUGUUUGGUGGGGGAACAUCAACAGGGGCCUUCAGUGCACCUAGUGCUGGAGCUUUUGGACAAAGUUCAGGUACUGCUGGUCAGAUGUCAUUUGGUCAAAGUACAGGAACACCAAGUAAUUUAUUCCUAGGUCAGCCUCAAAAUACAAAUUCCUUUGGAGCCUCAUCAGCACAGCCAAGUACGGCCACUGCCAACCCCUUUGGAACCUCGUCAGCACAGCCAAGUACGGCCACUGCCAACCCUUUUGGAGCCUCGUCAGCACAGCCAAGUACGGCCUCUGCUAACCCUUUUGGUAGUGGGAAUGCCAGUGGAACCACAUUCAGUAGUACUUUUGGCAAAACUUCUCCAGCAGCCAAUUUAUUCAAUGUUUCAUCUCAAAGUGGGCCAAGUGUUGGCCAUACUCAGCCCUUCGGUGCCUCUAACAAUGCGUUCGGUACAACAACAGCCGGUAAUGUAGUGACUGCACCGUCUAGUGAUACACCAGGGGGCACAACCCAAAGUACUGUGUACACACCACUGGACAAGCUCACCAAGGAGGAGCUGGCUGCUUAUAAUGCUACAACUUUUACUCUGGGCAAAAUCCCAACCAAACCUCCACCAAAAGAACUUGUGUUCUGAUGUUUUAUUGUGUUAUUUACUUAAACUUUGUAAAAUAUGUUUAUAAUGAACCAAAGGGAAAAUAACAAAUUCAAGAGAAAAUUCUUUCCCAGAAAAAUAUCUUUGUUGUUGAAAACAGUAUGCCCAUUAUUUAUAUUUUUGUACAUUUUUGUUCCAUUUCUGU